GCCCCCUCGUCACGAUGUUUGGAAUGUCGCGCAAAUCCAAGGCCUACUCUGCGCUUCCCAGCGACAACCAGGAUCGCACUGCACGUGUAUCAACUGGCGCAUCAUCGACGUACAUUCUACUCACAUUCAUAUGCGUGCUCUGCGCUGUCCUGAACACGAUCCUACUCACGCAAAUCUCGGGCGGGCUCCGAUCGUCCGACGAGAAGGCAACAACGACAUUCGGCGUCCAAGAGCUACGUCGACCAUCACAGUACAUUCAUCUCGACUCCGUUGCCCGCCCCUCGCCGCCAGUUCCUCGCAAUUUCGUCAACCAUCCCAUCCUCGUCAGCAUCAUCGACAGCGACCAUACACACAAGGUAGCUGAAGUCGACGCCAGACGGUACAUGUCGCACAAUGGCAUGAUUUCGCCGCCUGAGCGGCAUUAUAUCAUUGCGGACACGGUAUCGACAAUUGUUCAGUUCCGCGCGAUCGACUACGGAAUGGAACUAUGUGAAAUACACGUCCACCUACCCCCUCUCUUUCCCGGGCCUCCCACGGAUGCUGAAGAGCCAUCGGUCGUUGCGACGCUGCACCGACUCAACUCGACACUCGCUUUGGAUGAGCGCAAGGUCUCAUUCGCUUCUAGGCCGCCUCGGGUGUUCAAGGUGGAUGAUAUCACCGUCACUCCGUGGCAUUACAGAUUCUCUUGCGUGUCCGAGAAAGUGCUCACCUUCGAGCUCUCGCAUUUGUCAUACGACGGAAGUGACGAGACUAGCAUUGAGUGGUGGCAAAAUGACGAUGGACUGCGCGGGAAACCCGCCAUCUUCAUGAAGCAACACUCGACGAAGUGAAUGUUGUUACCCUCGAUGGUGGGCUCGGGCUGCUCAGCCUGUGCGCGAGCCGAGCGUCAGGCCGCCGCCGUUGCCUUGCAUUCCCUUUCGUAGCUGUUCCUGUCCGUGAUACGCAAUGAAUACGAUCAUGCA